AUGGGUUCGGUGAUCUGGAGGCUGAGGAUGGGCGACGAUGGUGCUCCUAGCUUCGCGAACCCAAAUACCCCCGGAUCUGUCAAAUCAGGAGAGCUGUGGCAUACCGCUGGGAGAGCUUUGUUGCUGCAAAAUGCCGAAGAAUCUGAAGCAUGCUUCAACCAGUCCCUUACAGUCUUGGACAAAAUCUGCGGCAACUCAUCAUCCCUCGUGGGAGGCGACAUCAGCGUUCGAUGGUUCGUGUCUAAAGCUGGGGCAGCAGCAGCAGCAAGGCCAUCUGCUACUAUUCAGGUACCAGAUGCCUCGUUUCCUUCUACGACUGCACCAACUGUACAGUACCGAGUUGCCCCCGUCAGCCAUACCGGUCUUGAAACUCUACUUCCUAUGGCUGUUCCUGGGCUGCCGUGCAAUUGUCAAAUUGAUACUGAGAUGCUUGAGAGGCUCGCAUGCAGACGGACCUUAGGGCCUCUCCAAUACUUGUGGGCGCUUGAAGGUUCAACUGUACACGCGUAUCUGAUGAAAUUCAUGGUUUUGCAUACCAGAAAACCACGCUGA